AUAUAUGGGCUGGGGAGUGGCCGAGUCCCGGGGGAGUAGGGUUUCACACUUUCACUCGAAUUCUUUCCUCUGCACUGCGACUCUGCGAGUUGCCGACGCCAGUCACGCCACGCUGAGUCUCUGCCUCUCGGCCCUCUCCCUCAGAUCAGACUCUCGGAUCCGAUCUAGGUCUCUCCCUCAUCACUCGUCACUGGCAGACUGCCUCUCUCAGGCUCUCAGUCUCUCUCGGACUCUCCGUCUCUCGACUCUCGCUCUCUCAGUCUUCGCGACUCGCGAGAAGCCGAGAAGCUUACCGGUCACCUUCUCAGUUCUCGCCUCUGCUCGAUCUGCGCACGCAGUGCAGCUUUGCUGCACCACCUCUGCGGCUCUGCCUCCCUCCCCUGUCCUCUCGUCUCAAUUCUCAACUCUCAAGCAGCUGAGGACCUAAGAAUACAUUUCCUUCUUGUUGUCCAAAUCUGCCUCGGAUAACAAAAUGCAUCCCAAUUGCUGCCCCUAAUCUGUCUAGGGAAAUUCCAAAUUCGCCCCCAUAGGGGUGGUUCAUGGGGAAAUCUUGUUUUAGGGAUUUUUAGGAUUUUAUAAAUCCUAAUUGCUUGAACUUCCUUUGGGUCGCCAAUAAAAGAGAUGGGGAAAGCAAAGAAAGGACCUAAAUUUGCCGUCAUGAAGAAACUUGUGACCUCAAAAACACUUAAAAAGCACAAACAAGAGGUUUUGAACCCAAACAAGAAAGAUCUCCACAAGGAAAAACUCCCAAGAAACGUGCCUAAUGUAUCACCUGCACUUUUCUUCAAAUACAACACUGCAUUGGGACCACCAUACCGGGUUUUGGUGGAUACCAACUUUAUCAAUUUCUCAAUACAGAACAAAUUGGACCUGGAGAAAGCAAUGAUGGAUUGCUUAUACGCAAAAUGCACUCCUUGUAUCACGGAUUGUGUGAUGGCAGAGCUUGAGAAGUUGGGUCAGAAAUACCGUGUAGCUCUCAGGAUUGCCAAGGAUCCUCGAUUUGAAAGGCUACUCUGUACUCAUAAAGGAACCUAUGCUGAUGACUGUAUUGUUGAUAGAGUUACACAGCAUAAAUGCUACAUUGUUGCUACAUGUGAUCGAGACUUAAAGCGGAGGAUCCGCAAGAUCCCAGGUGUGCCAAUCAUGUACAUUACUCAGCACAAAUAUUCAAUUGAGCGCUUGCCUGAAGCGACAAUUGGUGGAGCUCCAAGAUUUUGAUACCAUGGGAAGGAGGUGGGAUCUGAUCCAUGAUGGUGCUCUAGAGCUAGAUAAUGGAGAUCCGGGAGGCUUGGUGCCAGUGCAGUACAUUCUCCAGUGGGGAUUGAUGAAAUUUUGUAGGCAUGCGUGUAAGCUCACUAGUGUGUAACAUAUGCUAAUUUUAUUGUAUUUUAUUUUCUUCCCUGGGAGGGGAAGGGUUUGGGAUGAGUUUGAAUUUUCUUUUUCUUGCAGUACACAUUUGGGGAAAUGAACUGUAGGGGAUGUUUAAUUGCUUUUUAACUAUACAAGACAAUUUUUGGCAUCAUUUGUGUGGCAUAAGUUGUGUAAUCUCCAGUUUGUUCAAAAUUUCCUUUUCAGAUUUGUAAUGAAAACUUCUAUCAAAUUUAAUAAAAUCAGAAGCGCAAUCAUACAAAUA